CGCAGGCGGUGAUUGGGCAGUGCAAAUGUCUCAACUCCCCUAGUCCACCGAGCACCGGUUGAGCACAUUCUGUCGCUUUUCCCGUUAAAUGGAGGAACGUCCCUGCGAAGGGGCAAUCGGAAUAUAUGUCAGUCAUGGAGCAGAGAACGGCCCUGAUCGAUCGAACAUAUCGUUAAACAAUGAUCAGAACCACUCUCAGUUCCAGAACGAGAAAACGCAGACGAAGAAAACAGAAAAUGGCAAAAUAAAUGGAACUCUGAAGGAGGGAGAGGUGACUCCCACUUCCUUUAACUUAGACAGCUCCUCGCACCCUGCAAACAGCAAUGGCGACAGACACCUGGUAGAAAUCAAAUUGAAACAGAAGCCCACUCGACGGGCCUUCGUCACUGACUCAACAGGAGACAGAAAAGGUAGAAAGACUAGCAGAAACAGUAUGGACUUAAAAAAUGACAAGUCCUCAGAGCUGAACACACUUGAGGGCAAAAAAGAGGCUUUAGCUGCUCUGAAUGGUGUGGUGUCACUCAAUUCUGUACCACUUACCAACGGUUACACCUGCAAACCUGGAGCUGACAAUGAUGGCAGUGGCUCAGAGAGUGGAUACACUACUCCAAAAAAGCGCCGGGCCCAAAGAAAUGGCAAAGCUGGGGACAAUGUGACUGCUUCUACCCAGGGAAAAGCCAUGCAGCAGGGCGUCAAACAAGAUCAUGGGCCUGCGCCACCAGACUCAGCCGAUAGAGCCACAGGCUCUCAGGUGGAGAGUGGCAGAGCUGGUUCAAAAGGAGAAGGCAAUCCUGGUUGCUAUUUAAAAGUCAAGGAACCAUCUGCACCUGCCACCCCACCUCCUCUGCCAGCGGCUGGGCUUCAGCGUAAGAACUCUGACAGCAAAGCAGCUGGCAAAAAGUUUGAGGAACGUUCCAGCAAGGUUAAGGUGACUGCAUCCACCAAAGAGGACUCAUGGACCUUGUUCAAGCCUCCUCCUGUCUUUCCUGUGGACAAUAGUAGCGCUAAGAUUGUGCCUAAGAUCAGUUAUGCAAGCAAAGUGAAGGAGAACCUCAAUAAGACUGCCCAAGCUGGCGGGGAGGCUCUCAAUCCAGCUCCCCAGUUGUCUGGGAGACCGCCACAGGUCCCGAUGUCUGCAGUGAAAACCAUCACCUCGGCUAGUUUUACCAAUGGUCCCCUGAUGGGGGAUGGGAAUGGCUGUCCCCUGCCUGGACUCCAUUUCAGCUCAACAGCAAGCACUGGUCCUCUUCUGGUGUCCCCAGCUGUUGCUACUGAGAAUGUAGCAUCUCCCGCUGGCAGUGGCACUACAGCCACUGGAAGUUCCACCACCUCUUUGGCUGAGCCUAGGAAAUCCAGCCUGUUUGUUUACCCCGUUAACCCCUCCAAUAUGCAACUUUCGCUCCCAAGUGGCCGCCAAGCCGAUCCUCCUGCUGCUUCGACAAAUCAGAAGUCUCUGGGGGACAUUUUUCAGAAUCAGUGGGGCUUGUCCUUUAUCAAUGAGCCGAAUGCUGGACCAGAGGGAGUGGCUUGUCGCUCAAAUGGAAAGGACAUGCCGGUGGAAAUUAUCUUUCAGGGAGGCUGUCCUGCCACAGUGGCCACUCAAACUUCCUGUACUUCUCAGAGACUGGAACAGCCACCCUUCCCCAAGGCUCACAAGCCAGACAAACGGACUAAUGUUCAGAAUCUGAGUAAAGGUGUGAAUAGCGGUGCCCCUGUGGCAAGCGGAUCCGUACCCGAGACUUCUGUCCUCAGCCUGGAUGCCCAGAGAGAUGAGGCGGAGGUUCAUGGUGCAAUAGUGUUUUGUUCUUCCUAUAAGGACAUUUGUGCCGAGCUGCCUCCCACCUCCCCAGCUGCACCUAAGGUGGCUUUGGCCAAGGACCAGGGCCAUACUAAGGGCUUUGACAGGAGGUCUAGUUGGGGGUCGUUUGAUCUAAAAGCUGCUGUAAUUUAUCACACUAAAGAAAUGGAUUAUAUUUUGAAUUUGCAAAAACAAGAUCCAAAUCGAGUAGUCCUCUACAGCGAGUCAUGGGACGGACCUGCUCAGUGAGGCUGCGCCUGGAAACUAUAUCUCAGCUGAACUCUGCUGCAAAAGAUGUGCUUGAGGAACAUGGCUGCUGCCUUUGAACAUCCUGAUUCAGAACUAAUCCAAUCUUAAGAUGGUUUAGAAAGGGCCUUGUUACGAGUCAGCAGUCAAGGCUAUGUGCAAAGGACAAGAGUGCGCUUACAAAAACGGGUUAGCUGGUUUUAGAAUAUUAGAAUGGAAGUACCGGAGAUGUUGAACUCGACUCUAAUGCGGACUAGUGGAUAUAUUGCUGAAGACAAUUCAAAUGACUUUGGAGACAUAUAACUCAUGUCAAACACUCAUGAUAACCCUGUCAUGACAUUUGUUUGGGCAGGAACUUCUCCUUUAAGUACUCGUGGACCUAAAGAGAGCUGUCUUCAUCUCCAACCUCCUGGGGAAGAGGAUGUAUCAAACUCAAAGUGGUCUUGUGUGCAUACACAUUGAAUUCAUUUUGGCACAGAACAGAAGGCAUAAACCUCGAGUGUUGCUCUCCAGUGAAAUAACAUACUGUGGCCAGAGAAAUAACAUACUGUGGCCAGAGGAACUACAUUGCUUUUUUGUCAUUCAGGGGAUUAAAGCUCCAUAUAUGUCUGUGUUGGGGUGGGGGGUUUGGGUAAAUUCAAGGCUAUGGGAUUAAUAAUUGUCUAAUUUAAUUUCUGGACAAGAUUGGGUCAGUCUUGUUAGUGACGCAUCUUCUGUUUUGUUUUUUCUUCUUUUCCUUUUUAUUGAAAUACUUCAAAACUCCCAGGGCAGGUUAAGAGGUACACUUCGAUUAGGAAACUGUACGCCCUGUAGUAUGCAUGUGCAGUAUGCUGCUCUGUGCAUCUUCUUUUGGAAGAAUUCAAAGUGCUAUCGUUCAAUAGUCUUAUCGUCGUCUCUUCACGCCUCUGUCACCUUACAGCCGUUCCAGUCUCAUUGUGUGAGAGUGUGUAAACUGAGGACAGAGAGUGCGAUAAAAUCUUUUAUCUUGAGUGUUUUAUGUUUUUAAUUUUAAAUAGUAAUAAGAACCCAGAGAACUAAUCGCUAAGGUGUGCCACACGUUACAGUUGCUUUAGCUACAACGCGAAUAGGUACAUCACAGAUAUUUUAGUUCCUAGAGGGAUUCUGCUCUACCUUCGGUUUAGUUUGAUGAAGCUGCUCUUCUAGUUAGGGUUUUAUUUUUGCCCAGAAAGGCAGUAGUAACUACUGUGUUGUGGAGGGGAUUCCUUUUGGACUAACCACAAUUUAGGAGAACCCAGAGAGCAGUUGCUGGUGAAAGAUCCAGCCUUUAUGUUUUACUCCAGAGACUAGAAGUCCCAUCAUCUAUGCUUAGCUAUGUACUGAGCACCACAGUCAUCCAGUCACACUUAAUGGAGUUUGGUUUAUGGAUUGAUUAAUUUUCUUGUAUGUUUUUUCUCUCUUUUGAUCUUUUUUUUUAUUUUAUUUUUUUAACCUGGUUUCCAGCAUAUUGGUUAAAUGCUUGCUAAAUCACAUAUGAGCCUCAUCAAUAGAACCGCUGUUGACAGGAAUUCUGCCAUCUUGUAAAUGUUCUCAAUCUAAUGUCAGAAAAUGCAUUCUAACCUUAAAGGGAUAGUUCACCCAAAAAUUCUCUCAUGAUUUACUCACCCUCCUUGCAUCCCAGAUGUGUAUGACUUUCUUCUGCAGAACACAAAUUAAGAUUUUUAAAAGAAUAUUUCAGCUCUGUAGGUCCUCACAAUGGAUGUGAAGGGGUGCCAACAUUUUAAAGCUCCAAAAUCCACAUAAAGGGAGCAUAAAAGUAAUCCAUAUGACUCCAGUGGUUAAAUCCACGUGUUCAGACACAAUAUGAUAGGUGUGGGUGAGUCAUUUUUAUCAUAAAUUCUCCUCUCUGGCCAGUAAGGCGCGAUAUGGAGAAUUCAAAUUAAGAAUUUGAAUCGCCAAAAACAGAAGAAUGGGAAAGUGAAACUGAAGUGGAGAUUGACUGAGCAGGGAGGAAAAUGUACAGUUUAAAAAAAAAAAGACUUAAAUAUUGAUAUGUUUCUCACCCUCACCUAUCAUAUAUUUUCAGAAGACAUUGAUUUAACCACUGGAGUCAUCUGGAGCACUUUUAUAUUGCCCUUAUGUGGAUUUUGGAGCUUCAAAGUUUUGGCACCCAUUCAGUUGCAUUGUAUGGAACUACAGAGCUGAAAUAUUCUUCUAAAAAUCUUAAUUUGUGUUCAGCAGAUGAAAGAAAGUCAUACACAUCUGGGAUGGCAUGAGGGUGGGUAAAUGAUGAGAGAAUUUUCAUUUUUGGUUGAACUAUUCCUUUAAGUCUAUCCUGUUUUGUCAUUUCACAAAUAAUUGAUUUCUACAUAAAAAUCAGUAGCACUUUAUUUUUAUGUUCUUGAAUUGUAUUUCCUUAAACAUUGGCAUAUCAGUACAUAUUUAACAAUUAAUCAUAGGCUACUAACUUUAACCUCUACCUAAGGACUGCCAGUCCAAAAGAAAAUUAAAAAAAAAAGUGGACAAAAAAAAAGUAAAAAGAAAGAAAAUAAAAAGACACUCAGGUAGAAUUAGGGCAGUGUUCUUCUAACAAAAAUGCACCAACAGUGUUAUUGCCAAAAAUGAAAAGAACAUCCUAUGUUUGUACCAGCUGUUUUUUUUUUAAUUUUUUUUUUAAUUUAAUUUUAUUUAUUUUUUUACUUUGAGGGAGCUGAAUUAAGUGAAAGCCAAGCUUGCAUAACUUUACAGGCAUCAUUUGGCAUCAAAGUUUUCUGUACAUAACCAUGAGACACUGCCAAGUGAAAAGAUGUAUGUACCCGUGGAAAACAUAAACCACACUACAUAUUUGUAUGUCAUUCCCUUGCAAGGUUUUUUUCUUCUUUUUUUUUUUUUUUUUUUCUUUUCUGGUUCAGGUUUCAUAAAGUGCAUGCAAAGGUUUCCAAUGUGGUCAAAAUUUGCUUCUGCUGAUGAAACCUGGGAGGUGUUGUUAUAGUUCUUGAUCGAGUUUCUGUUCUUGAGGUAUCCAAAGUAACCGUCUGUUCAGUGCAUCGGUUCAAAAGAUACUUCAAAAGCUUCAGUGUCAUCAUUGGUAAAAGUUUACCCAAAAGCGAAAAUUGUCACCAUUUACUCAUUACUUUUUUCUAUAGAACACAAGUAGAUGCAUGUUAGAAAUUAUGUCAGUCUCUGUCUCCAUUCAUUUUCAUUGCAGCUUUUUUUUUUUCAUACAGUGAAAGUGAACGGUGACAGACUAACAUGCGUCCUUUCAUUUCAUGUUCCACAGUGGAAAAAAGUCAUAUGUGUUUGGAACAAUGAUGACAGUUUUCAUUUUUGGGUGAACUUUCCCUUUAAACUUUGUGCUGAAACACAAGUUCACUGAGAUACAAGGUUUUUAAAUUUUGCUUCAUCUUCUCUAAUUCCGUUUGGAUUCCACUUAAAAGCAGCUUUGUGCAAUGUAGAGAAAUCUGCAAUGAUAAUUUGCUUAUUUCUUGGCUUUUUAGAUGUGCAUCUCUUUGUGGCUUCUCGAGUUUUUAUUUUAGUUAUCUUAAUAUUGUCUAUAAACAGUUCAUAUAGAGCAUGGAUAAUAGAGCAUGGAUAAUUUUUUUUAUCCAAGGGAUUUGCUUAAGGAGUUACUGAUGUAGGCAUAAUUUAUAACAAUCUGUUAAUUAAUUACAUUAAUUUAAUUAUGAAAUACCUCUGUGAAAAUGAUGCAAUGUUCCGGUAUCCCUAUCUCCUUAUCUGUCAGUCAUGACCCGUUGUACACCCUGUCAACAGAACUGUACCAGGGCUUUGUUCAACACUAAACUCCACGGGUCAGAUGCACAUAUAGAGGUUCUAUGCACAGAAUGCUAAUAGAACUAAGUUUAUAUUUUGGGGGGUUGCACACUAGCUUAAUUCAAAUAAGCACUUACUACCCUACAAAUGAUAUAAUUGCAAUAUAAAUUAUUUACAUCAAUCUUAAAAUAUAUCAUUCAGCUCCCCUUAUCUAGUAUAUAAAGCAAUGAGAGCACGUACAGGUGGGAGAACAGUAUAGAUUAAAUGAUAUGUUUGAUUGUGGAACCUGUACCAAGAAAAUGCAUUGUUGGUGUAUUCAAAUUUCAUGUGUUUUAUUGACGUGUGAAUGAGGUUUCUUGUCCUGUCCUGACAAUUUAAUACUGUUUUUGCGUGUGGAUGCAUAUGUGUUUGUGUGCAUGUGUAUCUGUCUUCAUCCAUACGCUCGAUUAUAUGCAAAGUUAAUAUUGCAAACUUUUCAAGUUCAGGGUGCCUGUGUUAAGUGAUAUAUUAAACGGAAUCACAUCAGAACACGAAUAACUCUUGCUUUUCCUUUACCCUUCCACACCCCCCAAUCUCCCCCAACAAUCUUCAGUUGUGCCAUGUUUUGACUGUUAAAAGUUUGAAUUAAUAUUUCAUUUUUAUGUUGAUCUCUCUGAAUUUCCAACAGUGGACAUGAAGAGGGGGUUACAUGCUGUCUCAAGAAUCUUUGUCACUGCUAAUAAACUUGUUCAAAAGCA